AGUUGCAUCGAAAUCUUUCUUCUUGCAGCAGCCGCACGCCAUUCUUCUUCUUCUAGGGCUUCAAUACAUGGAAAAAUGGUUUUAGGUUUAGCUGAUGGGCUGUGAUCUUCUUCUCCGUUUCCUUCUCCAUUUCCGAUUGCCGAUCACAAUCGAAGUCUCAGAGAUAUAAUCGCACAGAUAGCUACGUUUCGUCGCUAUCGCCGCAGCUUUCAGGACUGGUCGAUUCUGCUCUACACAGAGAUGGGGGCAUAGAAGUAAUUUCUCACGGAGAAUAACAAAUAAAUGGAAGAAGAAAAAGCACCGAUACGGUAUUUUGUAAACAAAAGGAUCGACCGAAAGCUUCUUUCGCUUUCCAUCAGGACCGCUUUUGUCGAAAACCCCUCUAGAAAGAAGAAAUUUUGCUCAAACAACAACCCGUGAACGUGAGUGGAGAUAAACCUUCACAUCGGUUCACCGGACGUGAUAUCGCUACCAAUAAGGUUGCGCCACGUCCUUAAGGUUCGUUAACGAAAAGGAAAAAGGGUGACAGCUUAGCUUAGCUUAGAGUCAAUGGAAAAGAACAUUCCUCAUCGGGAGUCAAAGAUCUCGCAAUUCCACCAUCCCAAUUUUCUUCUUUUCUAAUUCUUUCCAACAAACCCAUUUCUGGGUUUCACUUUUCAGAUUCAACUCUCGGCUGAACUGCUGAGUGCUAAGCCAUUGAAGCAAGUCAUCGUUCUUAAUCUUCUCUUGUUUAGGAGGUUUAGAAGCUCCCGAUUUAGAAGGAGAGCUGAGAUGUUUGGGAGUCCUGGAAGAAUGAGCGGGCUGGCACUCAGAUGUGCGCAAUGGCUCUUCGCUGCUGCGUCGAUUGGGUUUAUGAUCACUGCUCCUGGCUUCUUCAACUCCACUGCCUUCUGUUACUUAAUUGCUUCCAUGGGGCUUCAAAUUCUUUGGAGCUUUGGACUAGCAUGCCUUGAUUUGCAUGCUUUGCGUAUGAAGAAAAGCCUGCGGAAUUCAGUUCUAUUGUGUCUAUUUGCAAUUGGAGAUUGGGUCGUAGCAACGCUUUCACUUGCAGCUGCAUCGUCGUCUGCUGGUGUGGCCAUACUGUACUCAAGGGACUUGGACUACUGCAGAUUACCUCCUCAUAUUCCUUGUAGCAAGAUCGAAAUAUCUGUGGCUUUUGCUUUUAUCUCAUGGUUCCUACUUGCUAUAUCAUCUCUGGUAACAUUUUGGCUAUUGGGCACAGUAUAAUAGAGCAUCACAGGCCCCCAUUUUCUCUGAGGCUUUCUCCUUAAACGUUAAUGAGGCUUGAAAUCUCUUCUGUUUUUUGAUAUAGUAGUCUCCUUAACCUUCUCUUUUGUAAAUUGAUGAUAUAUUUGCACCAGAGUCGUGCCCUUUUGUCCAUUUUCAGAUGAUAUUAGGUUUGCAUAUUUCUAUUGGAGCAUACCACCUUUUAUGGGAUUUUUGUACAGAUGGCUUUCUUUGAGGCCCGUGAAAUUACCAAAACAACAAAAAUACACACGGCAAAGAUCUCUCUUUCCCGCUUCUCGAUUCUUCCUCCAUCACCUCAAUUUGCAUCUUCUAUGGUUAGAAAUGUUUUCACUGCUCGAUACUUGUUCUUGCUUGCAGAAGUAGAAUCAAAAGAGGAAGAAGUUUGGAUUUCUUUUAAACAAAAAAUGGUCCUGAGAAUCUCGAGCACAAAUCAAGAAAUGAAGGCCAUCUACGUUGAUUUCUCACCUUUUAUCUUCAAUUUUUCCAUCAAUUUAAUGGUUAUGUGGGUACAUACUUAUUUUAUACCUAUUUAUCCAUAGGACUGCUGUCUUACAAAGCAAACAUUCCAUAACGGUUGUGUAAAUAUCAGGAAUAUGAAAUAUUUGAAAAAAAAAUAACAAAAUAAUUAAAAUACAACAAAUGGAGAUAGGGAGAUUUGAACCUCCUAUUAUUUCAAGGAACAGCUGAAAGUUGUUAUUAGCUGAUGCAGUAUGCUAUAUAGUUAUGCGAAAGGUUAGAAUCUGUCUUUCUUAAUAUCAAGUAUCAACCACUGGGUAACUCCUACUUCAAGCAACUGACGCCUGACGAUUAUCAAGAAGCUGAAGCAAAUCAUUUUUCUUUGGAGAAGAAAAAAAAGAAAAAAAAGAAAAAAAGAAACUGAAAAUUUAUCAAUAAAUUAUUUCCCCUAUAUACACAAAAAUAUUACAUUGUAUGACCAUGACAAGAAACGUCCUUUGAUAAAGGAAAUUGACCCUUCACUCACAGAACUUGAACUAGCAGACACUGACAUUACGCUGCGCCCAUGAAGAAGAAGGAAAGAAAAAA